CUUUUAGCACAGCAGGCAGCGAGCUCCUGUCCUCUAUCUCUCUGUCUGUCUUUCUUCCCUCCAUACUUCUAAAUAACUACACAGAAGACCUGUGCAGUCACUAAGCCAUGGCAUUGGCGGGGGUGAAAGUCAUUGAGCUGGCAGGUCUGGCUCCGGCACCGUUCUGUGGCAUGAUCCUGGCAGACUUUGGAGCCAAGGUGAUCCGUGUGGACCGAACCAAAGUUUUCACAACUAUGGACACUCAAGCCCGAGGGAAACGUUCAGUCGCUAUCAACCUGAAAACGGCAGAAGGCGUGGCUUUGCUUAGGAACCUCUGUGUUCAAUCUGAUGUUGUACUGGAGCCCUAUCGUAAAGGUGUUAUGGAAAAACUUGGCCUUGGUCCGUAUGAGUUACUUAAAGAAAAUCCUGCUCUGAUCUAUGCUCGGUUGACGGGAUAUGGUCAGAAUGGGCGUUACGCUGCAGCAGCUGGACAUGACAUCAACUACCUCGCCAUGUCAGGCCUUUUAUCCCGACUGGGUCGCAGUGGAGAGAAACCCUACGCUCCUCUAAAUCUUAUAGCAGACUUUGCUGGUGGUGGCCUUACAUGUGCUCUGGGGAUUGUCUUAGCACUGCUGGAGCGGACAAAGUCGGGGAAAGGGCAGAUCAUUGAUGCCAGCAUGGUAAGAAAUCCUGCAAUGAAUGGACUUCUUCUUUUUUUUUGUUAA